CUUUCACUUUCGGCUGUGGACGGAGCCAAGGGGCCGGGAGCCCCGGAGCCGCCUCGCAGGGUCCCAGCUUGGAGCCCCCAGCGCGGCCCGGGGAUGGAAGGCCCCGUGUGCCUGGUGGACAACCCCUCCGGGACCCAGAUGCGAGUGACCGCCGAGGCUCGGGCCUUGCUGGACCGGUUGGAUCAGCCCCUGGUCGUGGUGACCGUGGCCGGACUCUACCGCACCGGCAAGUCCUAUCUGCUCAACAGGCUGGCCGGGGAGCCCAAUGGCUUCUCCCUGGGCUCCACGGUGCAGUCUCACACUAAAGGCAUCUGGAUGUGGCCCCGCCCCCACCCCUGCCGCCCGGGCCACACUCUGCUGCUGCUGGACACCGAGGGGCUCGGGGACGUGGAAAAGGGCGACAGCGAGAACGAUCACUGGCUCUUCUCCCUGGCCGUGCUGCUCAGCAGCACCCUGGUGUACAACAGCAUGAAAACCAUCGACCAGAACGCCCUGGAGAAGCUUCACUUUGUGACCGAGCUGAGCGAGCACAUCCAAAUGAAGGCCGGGGAGGAGGACGACACCCAGUUCUACCGCUUCUUCCCCCACUUCGUCUGGACCGUGCGCGACUUCACCCUGCAGCUGAGCAUCGACGGGAAAGAGGUCACCGAGGACGAAUACCUGGAGAACGCCCUGAAGCUGAAGUCAGGGCACAGCAAGAAGAUUCACCAAUACAAUCUACCCCGGCAGUGCCUGAGGGAUUACUUCCCUACCCGCAAAUGCUUCGCGUUCCCCCAGCCUGUAGCGGCGUCGGAGAUGGGGCAGCUGGAGCAUCUGGAUGAUGGCAAGCUGGACCCCCUCUUCCUGCAGAAGAGCCGUUUCUUCUGUGACUAUGUCCUGGCGGUGUCGCCGGUCAAGACCCUCGGAGACGGGAACAACCACACAAUCAUCACCGGGAAAAAGUUCGGCGGGCUGGUGCAGAGCUACGUCGAGAUGAUCAGGAGCGGGACACUGCCCUGCCUGGAGAACGCUGUCAUCUCUCUGGCCAAGAUCGAGAACGGAGAGGCUGUCAGGGGGGCUCUGGCCAUUUACGACCAUGAGCUGCAGGGGGUCUCCCUGCCCAUAGAGCGGGAUCUCCUGUCGGAGCAGCACAGGAAGGCGGAGAAGGAGGCGCUGGCCUAUUUCAUGAAGAAAUCCUUCAAGGACCAGGGUGGGAAGUGCCAGGCAGAACUCAUGGCUGGGAUCGGCCAGCGCUACUACUCUCUGCUGGACAAGAACGAGGCGGCAUCUAUCCAGGUCUGUCAGGACCUGUUGGCCCACCUGGUGCAGACGCUGGAGAGGGAGCUGAGCCAGGGUGGCUACACCAGGCCCGGAGGCUAUGAGCUGUACAAAGCGGAGCGCGACCGUGUGGUGGAAAGGUUCAGAAAGAGCCCCAACAAAGGAGUCAAGGCGGAGGAAGUCCUGCAGGAGUUCCUGGCCAAGAGGGAGGCCGAGGGCCGGGCUGUGCUUCAGGCUGACCAGAACUUGACCCAGGCCCAGAAGCAGGUGGCGGAGGAGUCUGCUCGGGCAGAGCAGGUGGAGCAGCAGUGGCUGAUGGAGGAGGAGAAGCGGCGCCAGGCCGAGCAGCUCCUGAAGGACCAGGAGCAGAGCCACCAGGAGAACCUGCAGCAGCUGCAGAGCAAGAUGGAGGAGGAGGCCAGGAGGAUCCGCGAGGAGGCUUCCCACGCCCUGGAGAGCAGGCUGCAGGAACAGGAGAAGCUGCUGAGGAUGGGCUUUGAGGAGAAGAGCCAGAGCAUGAAGGAGGAAUUGGAGAAGCUGCAGAGGGAGGCAGCUGACAAGGGUAAUUGGAUAGGGACGUUUCGUGAACUUGCGAAGGAGCUAGUUCAGCAAAUCCCCAACGUCCUGAUGUACAGGGCUGCUUUCAAGAACUCUGCUAAACGCUGAAAGUAA